CCAGAUCAGACAUAAAAGAACAAAGCGGAAUCUAAAUAUCAGUUUUUAACAGUAAUUUGGUGACAAAUAUUGGAAAUUAUUAAAUUAUUACAUAACGGAAGUCAAUGAAUAUUUUUUGGGUGGUUUAAAAAUUAAAUCUAAGUGUUCACUUGAUAAUCAACAACUCAUUUUAUAAAGUGGAAACUCAUGUAUUGUGUGUGGUUGAUCAAUUAUUGACGUACAUAAAAAAUUGAUUGAAUAUAAAUAUUUGAAUGAGUAACAGUGAGUAAAGUAUAAAAGAAAAGAAAGGAAAGAGGAAGAGGAAAGUGCAUAAAUAAGUGUGAAAAUUAUUGAUCCUUUGUGUGCUCUUCAAUUUUAAGUGAUUGCUCACUUUACUCCCUACAGUACAUUAUUUUGUAUGUGUUGGCAAUUAAUCACAAAAGGCAUAUAAGUGAGAUAGAAAUUAUAGAGGAAGUAGAAAAACAAACAACUUCACAAAAACGACAAUGGCCACUUAUUCCUCAUUAAUGCUCUUCCUGGUGCUUAUAUUAGUUUUUACGAUCGCCUCAACAAAUGGCUUACAAUGUUACCAAUGUGGACAAUUUAACGAUGGCGUUGGUUCAAUUACACCAUGCUUGAACUAUACCGAGACCACAGCUCAUUUACAUCUUAAGGAAUGUCCAGGGAAGGGCGAUAAAUUUUGUGUGAAAUAUGUCACUGGAUUAUCAACAGUGAGAGAUUGUGUAGCACAUUGUGUAGAAAAAGAUGUUUGGGAUACAAGCACUUAUUGCUGUACAAUGGAUGGUUGCAAUGACUCAACAAUCGCCACUAUUUCCAGAUUUCUUCUCAUUUCUUCAAUUUUAAUCUCAAUUAUUUAUCAAUUAUAAGAUGAAUAAGUAAUUUUGAGAGAAAUUGAAAAUUAGUCGAAUCAAAGCCAAGGGUUGC